AUACAUGUAAAAGAUUUUUAUAUCCAAGAGAUUAUAUAAUGUAAAAAAUUAGCUAUAUUCAAUGUUUAGUCGCGAAUGCAUCGCACGAACGAACGAAACAUGAUAUGCAAGUGCUCUCUGCGUUAUUGUUGACGCAUUGUUUAGGUUGUGUCAUAUUACAGGGUAUAGAUGAUAAACUUAUGUUAAAUAAAUUCGAUGAUAUUAAAUUUUGGAAGAAAUGUAUACCUAAAAUAUAUAAGAACAUUAAUGUCUGUGUCAAAGAUAAUUGCACGUUACAAAGGUCCAAUCAUUCAUUAACAAAUCAAUUUACAUUUUCUCAUAGGCAAAAAAUGUUUCUUAUUAAAUCAAAAUCAAAACACUCGUAUAAACUGCAAAAAUAUAUUCGUCCAUUUGAGAAAUAUCAUCAUCAACGAAAAUUACUUAUUUAUGGCGAACGAGAUAUUUCUGAAUAUUUUUCUACAUAUAAAAAGGAUUCGAAAAGACACGUGAAAGCAACUACAUCUCAAUAUUAUCAUUUACGACAAAGAAAACAGAGUGAUAAUGAAGAUGAUGAAGAACCUGACAAAGAAUAUUUAGAUGAUUGGGACGAUUGGGGUACUUGGAGCCCUUGUAGUGUAACAUGUGGAUGUGGACAACAAGUUCGUUGGCGUCAUUGCAUAACUGAUGAUUGCAUUAAAGGAUUAAAAAAAGUACAAAUAAAGACUUGUCAUCUUAGACCGUGCGAUAAAGGUUUCUUAAGUUGGCUGGGUAUUAAGCUUUAAUAAAAAUUAAAAUCAAAGGAAUGAAAUCUGUAAUUAGGUGUUUACAAUUUAACAAGUUAUUAAUGUUCUCUCAUGUUUAUCAUUUGUUGAACAUAUUAAAAUUUCUAUUAUUUUAUAAUUUUAUAUUUAUACUUAAUAAUACUUUAUGAUGAAUAAUCAUUAUAAUAAAACUAGUGAUAUGACCAUAAUAAUUAUUGAAUAAUAUGAAAAAAUUUUAA